GCUCGCAGCACACCGACUGCGUGGUCACGGAGGACGCGGGCGUGGCCGAGGCCUUCAUGCGGCGGGUGGACUCCGCGGGCGUCUACCACAACGCCUCCACGCGCUUCGCGGACGGCUUCCGCUACGGCUUCGGCGCCGAGGUGGGCAUCUCCACAAACCGCGUGCACGCCCGGGGCCCCGUGGGCCUCGAGGGCCUCGUGAUCCACAAGUACCGGCUCUACGGCGACGGCCACACCGUCGCGGAGUUCGGCGGCCCCGAGCCGCGGCGCCGCUUCGCGCACGAGCGGUUGCAGGGGGCGACAUGCGUGGACGACCUCGCCCGCAAAGCGGCUGGCAGCUGA